AUGACUCAAGGUCGCAAUCUAUCAGUGCCACGUUUAACUUUCAUUAUAACGGUAUUUGUCAAUACAUUUGCACACACAUGUCUCUAUUGCGCUGCAGGCGAAAUCCUGGUCACACAAUGCGAAGGAGUUUAUGAAGCUGUGUGCAAGUAUAAGUGGUACAACUUGGAGCCAAAGAUAGCAAAAAAUUUAAUGAUGAUAAUGAUUCGAGCCAACAAAUCAUUGUACCUUACCGCUGGAAAACUGUUCCCUAUGACGAUGUCUACUUUUUGUAACUUGUUAAAAACAUCGGGCGGUUACAUAUCGGUUUUGCUGGCACAUCGAUAAUAAAAAUAAAAAUCUGCAAACAUUGGAUAAAAAUCUGUUCUUGAGACUCAUAUUAGAAUAUAACAAUUAAUAUAUAUUUGUAGUCAUAACUUGAAUCUAAAUAUGAUAAACUUUGUUUAUAAAAUAGAUAUCUUAUUCACUUAUCAAAUACAUGUAUU